CCCCCAUUCGGAGGUUGGAAAUCACGAGUUGCGACCGAACGCAGCGGCAGUUGCUUAAAGUGUACGUCAAGCCGCGAAGUAUUGUGAACAGUCUGGCAACACUGAAAACUUUACAUUCAGCGAUAAGGGGAUUCCAUAUAAUCCAGACCUUGCCUGAGGGUGGCAAUGUAUCCAAACUUCCACAACCCUUUUGCAGAUGAUGAAGAGCAUGCCACACCAGCAGCAAGAGGCUUCAACUUUAAUGAUGGUGGUGGUGAUGAAGAAAAUGCAAUGAACCCAGCAGAUCGACGCCAGAGGCAGCUGGAACAGGAGGUGAUGCGCACGGCUCAGUCUGCCAUGGACAGCAGCAGUCGUUCACUGUGCCUCAUCUAUGAUUCUGAGAAAAUCGGGACAGAAACAGCAGAGGAGUUGAUUCGUCAGGGUGAGGCUUUGAAGAGGACAGAGAGAAUGGUUGAUAAUAUAUCACAGAACAUGAAGACUAGUCAGAAGCAUAUAAACUCUAUUAAGAGUGUAUGGGGAGGUUUGGUUAACUACUUCAAAGGAAAUUCUGAGCCAAGGCUUCCACAGAAGGAACAGACACCAGUCUAUGAGGCCAGCAACAGAUUACAGAACGCACUAGCAGAAAGCAAGGACCAUGAAGGUAAAUAUGAGUCAAGCCAUCCCAACCUCAGGAAACUCGACACAUCUGGGUUUGGCGCUUCAUCUGAUGAGACAUCUCAAAAUGGAUACUCAACGAAUAUACACUUGAAAGCUGCUCAUCAGCAUCUGGACAGUAAUUUGGAUGAGAUGUCUAAGGGUCUGAGUCGACUGAAGAAUUUGGGCCUGGGGUUGCAAGCAGAGAUUGAUGAUCAAGAUGUCUCAUUGGACACUCUGCUAAAUAAAGUGGACUCUAUGGAAGGCAACAUAAGCUCCACCAACCGCCAACUCAGAAAUCUGAAAUGAGACUAGAGACUGAUAUUAAAUCCACUGUUAUCACAA